UCACCAGAUGGCUAGGAAUCCGGGUCGGGUUGUCGCAGAACAGUUUGGAACAUGCGACAAAUGACAAAAGCAGUAGAUAGCAACAUUUCACUCGUGUGCCAGUCGGGUAGAGGUGGAACGAUCGACUUUCCAGGCUUCUCUUCUGUCGCGUUCCCAAUACUCCUCACUUAUCGAAAGUGGAGAUUGUUCGUCGGCAGCAGUCGUAAUUCUCACAGAGACCUCUUGUGUCUGUAUACCUGCUAGUAUAUAAUCACCCGUAAAUCCGUCGGAGGCCGCGGAAGUGAUUGCUCCCAAUUUUCAUAAGAUAGCCCUGCACUUGUGACAAAAGAUAUCAAUCACUGUCAAUCAAGAAAUCACCAUGCCGUCAGCCGUCGAGAGUGCCUCACCCUCGACAAUCCGCGGAGGACACGAGGAGUCCCGUCCACGGCUUUCAGAGCCCCUACAAUACUCCGGAUCGUUGGACUCAUAUACCCAGCAAGACUUGACUCCAGUCAUUGGUAGAGAGUACAAAGGACUUCAGGUGGCCGAUAUACUCAAGGCGGAAAACUCCGACCAGAUUAUCAAAGACCUGGCGGUGACAAUUUCGAAAAGAGGCGUUGUUUUCCUUCGUAACCAGGAUGUCACACCCCAGCAAAUGAGAGAAUUUGGCGAAAGGCUGACUGUUCUGGCUGGUUGCCCCGAAUCAUCUGGCCUCCAUGUUCACCCCUUGACGGAAGAAGGCAGCGAACUCGGUGAUCAAAUCAGUGUGAUAAGCAGCGAAAAGCAGAAGAAAGGAGGCGGUCUUACCCACCAGCUCAGCGAUACGAGUCGCUUCGCCUCUGUAGGAUGGCAUACCGAUAUCAGUUUCGAGCGUGUACCUUCAGACUACGCCAUGCUCAAGAUUCACACUCUACCCGAAACCGGAGGAGACACUCUCUGGGCUUCGGGAUACGAGAUAUACGACCGCCUGUCUCCUGAGAUGGCUGCCUUCCUAGAGGGUCUGACAGCCACACACGAUGCUAGCUUCUUCCAUGACGAAGCACGCAGGCUGGGAAACCCCCUACGCAAGGGAAUCCGAGGAUCGCCACUUAAUCAGGGUGAAGAUCUUAAAGCAGUUCAUCCUGUCGUUCGGACUAACCCUGUGACCGGUUGGAAGUCCGUGUAUGUGAACAAGGGAUUCACUAAACGGAUUAAUGGGGUAACCAAGGACGAGUCCGAUAUGCUGCUGCAAUAUCUCUUCAAUCUCGUCACACAAAACCACGACGCGCAGGUUCGCUUCAGGUGGAACAAGAAUGACAUGGCCAUCUGGGAUAACAGAUCCACCUGGCAUUGCGCCACUUAUGACUACGCUGAAGCCCGGGCUGGUGACCGGGUCUGCAGUCUGGGUGAAGCUCCUUACUUAGACAUCCAGUCCAAAUCCAGGAAGCAGGCUUUGGCAGAGGCUCAAGCUUAAGCCUAAGACUUGGUCUUGUAGGACUUGAGAUUCUUUUCAUGUGGCGGGUACCAUAAAAUAUAUAGUAAUGAAUCUUCCGUUCCUUGGUU